AUGAAGUUUCUAUCUGUUCUCACUGGCGCUGCCUCUGUGUCCGCAGUUGCACUACGAGAUGUCUCCAAGGGCCAGCUCGAUGUCACACUGCAAGCUGUCGGCAACUCUCAGGUAAAGGCCACUGUGCAGAACAAUGGCAAGGACGACAUUAGCCUGCUCAAGCCCGGAAGCAUCUUUGAUUCCUCUGCUGUGCAAAAGGUCAAGGUGACGACUGGUGACCACGCUGUUCCAUUCCUUGGCAUCAAGAAGAGAAUCUCCACCAGCAAGAUCCAAGACUCUGCUAUCCAACGCAUCCCCGCUGGCCAGUCCAUCGAGAUCAGCAUCGACGUCGCACAGGCCCACGACCUCUCCACCGGCGGCAAGUUCAGCGUCAACGCCGCCGGCUCGCUCUCCGUCGUCGGCCAGGACGGCAUCACCGGCGCCGUGCCCUACAAGUCUAACACGGUCGAGGUCAGCGUCGAAGGGCGGCACGCGGCGGCGGCGCGCCACGCCUUUGCGCAGACGAUGAAGCGCAGCGUCGUGCAGAGCGACUGCCAGGGCCAGAAGCUGCAGGUUACGCAGACGGCGCUGCGCAACUGCCAGCAGCUCGCGACGGCCGCGGGCCGCGCCGCCUCGUCGGGGUCCGCCAACAAGAUGCAAGAGUACUUUAAAGCCUCGGACUCGCAGACGCGGCAAGAGGUGGCGGGCGUCUUCUCCCGGGUCGCGCGCGAGUGCAGCUCGACGUCGUCGGGCGUGGCACAGUACUACUGCAGCGACGUCGGCAACGACUGCGGCGGCAACGUGCUUGCGUACACGGUGCCGAGCGAGAGCUACAUGGUCUACUGCGACCUCUACUUUGACGACCUGCCGGCCGUCACCCGGGAGUGCCACGCGCAGGACCAGGCCACGACGAACAUCCACGAGGACACGCAUCUCAGCCAGAUCCAGGGCACUGACGACCUCGGCUACGGCUACGACGCCGUCCAGGGCCUCUCGGCCAACCAGGAGCUCAACAACGCCGACACCUAUGCCCUCUUUGCCAACGCCAUCUACGCAGGAUGCUGA